CUAGGUUUUCUUUUUUUGUGGACAGAAAAACAACAAACAUGAACGCCUCACCAGUAAUAGAUCCAAUUGAAUUAUUAACAAAUAAAGGCAACCGCCAAUCAUCAUUUCUAUCACCAAUAUGGAAUCCGAUGGCCUGUGCCCUAGCCGGCUUUGGUGUGGCAAUGUUUGUCAAUUGGGGCUUCCGUAAACCCGUCUUUUCAGGCAUACAAAAACAUAUUGCCUUUACUGCAAUUGGCGGUGGCGCUGGCUAUUAUUUUGAUCAGAAACGUAACGAUUAUUUGGCCAAGCGUGAUGCAGUGCUCCGACACUACAUAGAACUCCAUCCCGACGAUUUCCCAGUAAAGGAACGCAAGAAGUACGGCGAUGUCUUGGAGAGUUGGGUGCCUGUUCGCUAAGGGAUAAAAUUCGAAGUCGGAACAAAUCAAAAUCAGAGUUUUGCUCCUACGAAUUGUUAUAGUUAAUUAAAAUGCUUUAAUUGUAAUACUGAAA